AUGGCUACAGUUGGUGAACAUAGUAAAGAGGGUCUCUAUGUCUUUUAUCAGAGACGAAAAUCAUUACUUCAACUUAAUCAGAGUUUAACUAUUGCCAUAGACAAUUCAACAAAUAUCAAUACUGAUGGAAAGGAUAUAGAAAGUUCAUCUUCUGUCAUUUUGAAACCUCAAUCGAUUGAGGAGAGUUUGGUUCAUUGGUUUGGUAUUCAAUUAUCUUUUAAUGGUACCAUUCUCUUGUACCACGAUGGCUCAUCAGGUUGGAUUUCAAUAUUUGUUAUCCAAGUUUUGCGAGUAUCGUUAUCUGCUUUCUUUUGUAUAUUUUCUUUUGACAACUCAUGUAAAGUACUUGUCGGAGAUCAAUGGUGUUGGUUGCCAGCAAACUCCCAAGAGAUUCAAAGUGUUUGGUCUUAA